AGGUCCCAUCUGCAAAAACACCACCGCGACGAACGAGCGAAGAAGUGGGAACAAGACUUCAAGAGAGAGAGGAGAGAGAUCGCGGCCGGGGACGGAGACGAUGGAGACGCGACGAGCAACCUACAGAUCCGCCGCGCUCCUACUCCUCGCCGCCAUCCUCGCCUCCGCCGCCUCCGCCUCCUCCAUCGGCGACAAGUGCGCCGCCUGCAAGGCCGUUGCCGCAGAGCUAGAGAUUGGAAUUUCAAGUGAGAAACCAAGAAAUCACUUGGACUUGCGCAACCGCUUAAAUUCAAAAGGUCAGCGUGAAGGGAAGGUCAUUGAUUACAGAGUAAGUGAGCUUCGAGUUGUUGAGCUUCUGGAUGGCCUAUGUGAUAAGAUGCAAGAUUAUACCCUGCAGAAGUUGGAAUCAGGAGAAAAAGGAUGGGUGAAAGUAGCAGAUUGGAACAGUUUUAAAACUGAAAAGAAGGCCGCAGCACGAGCACACUCCAAAAAUUUAUCCUCAUUCUGUGGAAGGUUACUGGAGGAAACUGAGGAUGAGCUUUCUGAGUGGAUAAAAACGAGCUCCGCAGAAUCAGGAAAUGUCAGCAGAGCACUUUGUGAAGAUAUUAGCAAACACUGUCAGUCUACAAGUGCUACCAUCGAGAUCGACGACGAACUAUAACACCAAAGCAUUCUGGUGCCAUCUUUAUCUCACAAAGCAAAGCAGGCGAAGACCUGGAAAGCGUAGAGGAACAAACUCAAAUAGUUUCUGAUUUCAUAUGUUGUAUCACUGCAAUUCAUGUCCUUAAAAUGGGAGAAUUGCAAUUCGUUCCAUAUAGUGUCUGUCUAUCUGGACUAAUCUGUUGAGAACAUUCGAACAUGAGACAAAUUUUGCAUACUAAAAUUACGGUUGAAAGCAACACAGUUAACUGAUUCAGGGGGA